CUAUUCUACAACGCGAACAAUACGAACGUAUUUUGACGAAGUUAUCGUUGACGAGUGGUCAUACAAGGGAUUUGUAAAAUAUGGAGUAAAAUUUGGUCUAUAUGACAAAAAACGCGUCUGCAAUUACAAAUAUAAAAAGUGUUUAGAAGAUAUUGAACGAAGUUAUAGCUCUUUAGACAAAGAAAUAUUAAAGGCAUCAUCAUUAAAGAAAUCAUUUAAGGGUGCUCUGCGCGCCAUUCCAGGUUUUCUCGAUACAUUUUUAACAUUUGACGUAAAAAUGGAACGAGAUCAGUUGAAUGAGCUUGAUGCUCUGAUGGAAAAUGAGGCGAUUGAAGAGUAUUCGUACCGAGCUACAUUGAAUAAUCAUGUGCGAGAAGAAAAAAAACUAUAUUCUAAACAACAACUAGAGUCACGGAAGCGAGAUUAUCAUCUUUGGUGGAUAUUUGUUGAUAAUGUACCAUUCAUUUGGAUCAACAAGCUAACUAAAGAUGCCAAAAUGAUCACUAUUAGGUCUGAACUAAAGCAAGAUAAUUCGGACAAAGAAAGUAGGGAUGACAAUACGGAUUUCUACGAUAGUGAUAGUUCAACUAAGAAUGUAUCAACAGAGAUUAAAAAUCUCAUUAUGAAGAUGAAAAAUGUGAAAAAUGAUAAUCGUCUUUUUGAAUAUCGGAUCGCUAAUCUUUCAGAAAAAAAUCAAGCUGAUCCGAUAAACCAAGUUUUCACAAACAAUGAUAAAAAAUUUAUGAAAGCGCUUUGGAAAGAAUGGGAAGAGGAUAUAAAACCGCAAAUCAAAAAAUAUACACAAGCCAUUAAAAUAAAAACUGAGUUGAUUUUUAAUGAUAACAACAAUGGGACAUCACCCAAUGUCAUUUUUGAAGCACCAUUUGAGGACGAAUUUAAUUACAAAAAACAUUAUGAAAUGAUUUGGACACGGGACAUAUAUCAGCGAUUCAUAUGCCUGUUCAACUCUCCCUUCAAUAUUCUUCGUGAUUUUUGUACAUCUGAAUUAGCAUAUAGGGAUUCAUUCGUAAAUCCUAUAAUCCCAAAGAUAUUUGAUGAUGUGAAUGAUAAGAUAAGAUUUCCAGU